GGCUCGAGCGGGCGGCGGCACCUCAGACUCCCGGCGCGGGAGCCCACGCGGGCGGGCGCCUGAAACAAAGAGAAGCGAGAGUCAGGGCGCCGCGGGUGCGCGGUCAGUCGGUCCGCGCAGAGCCGGCCAGCGGGUGCCCGCGGAAGCCCGGAGCCCGGCCGGCCGGCGCAGCCUCAGGGCGGGAAGAUGCCGCGCGUCGUGCCCGACCAGAGAAGCAAGUUCGAGAACGAGGAGUUCUUCAGGAAGCUGAGCCGCGAAUGUGAGAUUAAGUACACGGGCUUCAGGGACCGGCCCCACGAGGAGCGCCAGGCGCGCUUCCAGAACGCCUGCCGCGACGGCCGCUCGGAAAUCGCUUUUGUGGCCACAGGAACCAAUCUGUCUCUCCAGUUUUUUCCGGCCAGCUGGCAGGGAGAACAGCGACAAACACCUAGCCGAGAGUAUGUCGACUUAGAAAGAGAAGCAGGCAAGGUAGGAAACAUUUCUUUGCAAUUUGAAAUAUGGUGGAUUGUUUUAUUAUUAGAGAUUAUCUGAUGAUUUACAUUUUAAUAAAGGGAUCACAGGUCUGAUUAUACA